AUGGAUAGAACUGUCGUUGUGAUCCUGAGGUUUUUGCAGGGCGUGGCUGCCCUGACGAAUCUUGUCCUAUCGUCACUCGUUAUCAAUUGGUACUUACUACGCUCACCGAUGCCAUCGCCAACAUCCCUCAACUUCCUCACCUUCGCUCCGGCCUUCUCCAUCCUCUCCAUCAUAUACCUGGAACUCGCCCCAAAACGCUUCCCGCAAGGCUGCCACCCCUUCAUGCUGCUGGCCAUCGAGGCGACCAACACGAUAUUCUACUUCACGGGCUUCAUCGCGCUCGCCAUCUUCCUCGCCAAGCUCGUCUACUGCACGGGCUCGGUGUGCGCCGUCGCCCGCGCCACGUCGAUCCUGGCCGCCGCCGAGUUCACCUCCUGGAUAGCGUCGACGAUCCUGCUCGCCAAGAAGAUCUCGCGGGAGGGCCUCAAGGGCGACCGGGAGCCGCAGUCGGGGUCGGACACGCCCAUGAGCGAGGUGUAG